UGCAGGUGGGCUCGGAUUUGGAAACUUUCUGGCUGGGCCAUGGAUACGCCGCUAAGGCGCAGCCGACGGCUGGAAGGCCUAGAACCUGAAUCCCCCGAGAGCCUCACCGCAGUUUCGCGGGCGAGACGGGCCCUUGUGGAGUUUGAGUCGAACCCAGAAGAAACGAGAGAGCCCGCGUCACCUAGGAGUGUGCAGCAAGCUGGCCUGGGGUCCCCCCGUCAGCUGGAGACAAGCCCGGGAUCUCCCAGUCUGCAGCAGAGUCCGGCCUUGGGGUCCCUCCAAAGGGGGCCAGAGCCGGGCGCGGGGUCCCCACAAAGGGAGCCAGAGCCGGGCCCAGGGUCCCCCGAGCGUCAGCAGGAUCUAGGCCUGCAGUCUCUCCAAAGACAGCCAGAGGCGAAUCCUGAAUCUCCCCGACGUCAGCCAAAGCCAAAUGAAGAGUCGCCAAAGUUAUCUCAGGGCCUGGGAGAACUGGCCUCGGAGUCGGCCCAGAGUAAGGAGGAGCCAACCCCGGAAGCCCCCCCAAAUCAGCUGCAGCCAGGCCCAGAAUCACCAGAGCCUUACCCUGGUCAGCAAGCACCGGGUCCGGAGCCCUCGCGGCCACUACAGGAGCUGGCACCCGAGGCACCAGGCUCCCCCCCGGGUCAGCACGAGCCAAGCAAGCCACCUCCGGUCGGUGAGACUGUGACAGGCGGCCUCGGGGAGAAGAAGCGAAAAAGUUCUCCAGCCCAGGACCCGGUGUGCAAGAAGUUGAAGGAGGAGGAGGAGGAGCUUCCUGUAAUCCCGAAGGGGAAGCCCAAAUCGGGGCGGGUAUGGAAGGACCGUUCCAAGAAAAGGUUCUCCCAGAUGGUUCAGGACAAGCCCCUGCGCACCUCCUGGCAGCGGAAGAUGAAGGAGCGGCAAGAGAGGAAGCUGGCCAAGGACUUCGCCCGGCACCUGGAGGAGGAGAAGGAGAGGCGCCGGCAGGAGAAAAAACAACGCCGAGCUGAGAACCUGAAACGCCGCCUGGAGAAUGAACGGAAGGCAGAGAUUGUCCAAGUGAUCAGAAACCCCGCCAAGCUCAAGCGGGCGAAGAAGAAGCAGCUGCGCUCCAUUGAGAAGCGGGACACCCUGGCCCUGCUGCAGAAGCAGCCGCCCCAGCGGCCAGCAGCCAAGAUCUGAGCUCAGGACACCUUCCAUGGCCUACAACCGCGUCAGACACAGCACUCUCGGGCCACUGGUCAGACGCCUCUGCUGGAGCUGACUGUCCAACUCCAUGGCUCUAAAACAGGGACCUCACCCCAGCCGGGGCUCCUGGGCCUUUGAAGGCUUGUGGACAGGCCUCUAGGACAGAGGCCCAAAAGGAACCUGGGACCUGGCAGAGAUGGGGGAGGGAAGAGGUUCAGCCCCCCUCCCUCCUACUCCCUCCUUCUCUAAGUGCCUUCCAUCCAAGAAGAGUAAAUUCUCUGAUUCCUCAGUGAGCCAGCGAGCCAGAGGUCAGGAAUCCGGCUCCCCACACACUCUCCGAAGGCUACUGUGGGUACCUCUGAGCCCCACUGACCCCGUCACCCAGCACACCGAAUCCAGCUCCUCCCCACUUCCAACACUGAAAGAUUCACAUAGGGAGGUUGCUGGGAGCGGGGUUUCUCUCCAGCACCCCCUUUCCCAAACCAGCUUCUGCAGAAGGCCCGAAGAUCUAAGUCAUGCCCAGCCAAUCUACAACAGAAAUAUUUAUGGAAUGCCUCUGGUGUACAGGCACAAUGCUAGGCACCAGGGAAACAAAGGCCCCUGCCCUCCAGGGCUUUCAUUCUGGUGGGGAGAACAUAAUAAACAAG